AUGGAAAGUGCUAACCAGACCUCAUCUGUGACAGAAUUUGUUCUCCUGGGACUCUCAGCUCAUCCUAAACUGGAGAAAACCUUCUUUGUACUCAUCUUCCUGAUGUAUCUAGUGAUCCUGCUGGGCAAUGGUGUCCUUAUUCUGGUGACCGUGUCUGUGUCCCGCCUGCAUACACCCAUGUACUUCUUCCUGGGGAACCUCUCCUUCCUGGACAUCUGCUACACCACCUCCUCAGUCCCCCUCAUCCUUGACAGCUUCCUCACUCCCAGGAAAACCAUCUCCUUCUCAGCCUGUGCAGUGCAGAUGUUUCUCUCCUUUGCCAUGGGCGCCACAGAGUGUGUCCUUCUGGGCAUGAUGGCAUUUGACCGCUACGUGGCCAUCUGCAACCCCCUCAGGUACCCUGUGAUCAUGAGCAAGGCCGCCUAUGUGCCCAUGGCUGCCAGCUGCUGGGCAGCUGGAAGUGCAGCCUCCAUGGUUCAAACCUCUUUGGCGAUGAGGCUCCCCUUCUGUGGGAACAACGUCAUCAACCACUUCACCUGCGAGAUCCUGGCUGUCCUAAAGUUGGCCUGUGCUGACAUCUCCACUAACGUGAUCAGCAUGGGAGUGACAAACGUGAUCUUUCUGGGAGCCCCUGUGCUGCUCAUCUUUGUCUCCUACGUCUUCAUACUCAUCACCAUCCUGAGGAUCCCAUCAGCGGAUGGGAGGAAAAAGGCCUUCUCCACCUGCUCUGCCCACCUCACAGUUGUGGUUGUCUUCUAUGGGACUAUCCUCUUCAUGUAUGGGAAGCCCAAGUCUAAGGACUCCCUGGGGGCUGAUAAACAGGACCUUUCAGACAAGCUCAUCUCCCUCUUCUAUGGUGUAGUGACCCCCAUGCUCAACCCCAUCAUUUAUAGUCUGAGAAACAAGGAUGUGAAGGCUGCUAUGAGGAGUCUGAUAUUUCAGAAACAUAUCACCUAG